UAUUUAAUUGCUCCAUUGCCAAAUAACUAACAACAAACAAUUUGCUCAACUUCAUUAUAUUUAUACCCACGUAUCACGCAUGUUUGUGCCAAUUAUACACACAAGCUGCCACCGGCUUACCCAAAACACCCGACCACUUACCACUUGCGACUUAUAUAUAAACCCUUUCAAUACCAUAUUUAGUUGUAUCAACGUAAAUAUAUUUCGAGAGAGUUUAUAUAUAUAACGGUUUUUCUAACCUAUACACCUAGUGCAAAGGUUGAGUUUUAAGCUACGACGUUGAAACCCAACUCUUUUGCUACUCAAACCAAAAAAAAAAAAAACAAAAGAAGUAAAAACUAAGCUUCUAUCUUUUCCCUUCCCUAUUUUCUUUCUUCCAAUUUUGUUAGUAGUAAUGGAAGAAAUAAACGCAAAUAAUGUACCAAGAUGGACACCAAGCCCAAGCCCAACGAGGCCGUUAGCUAAAGGUGGUAAUGAAGAGAAGAAAAAAGAAGGUGAAGAUGAUAGUUUAAAGAGGAAUUCUAGCAGUUUAAGGAGGUUUUUUCCAUUUAGCUUAACAGGAAGUAUUAGUAAUAAUACUGUAUCUGUUAAGAAAAUGGAGUUUAAUGAUGAUGAGCAUAGAAGUGGUAGUAAAGGUUAUGUGUCGUUGACAUGGAAAGAUUUGUGUGUUACGGUUAAUGGUGCUAAAGGCGGAGGCGGUGGUGGCGGCGGUGGUGAUGGAGGGCGACGUCGUACCAUCUUAGAAGGUGUUUCUGGUUUUGCUGAGCCUGGAGAGGUCUUGGCUGUUAUGGGUCCUUCUGGCUGUGGCAAGUCCACACUUUUGGAUGCACUCGCUGGAAGGUUAGGUUCAAAAACCAGGCAAACAGGGGAAAUUCUUAUUAACGGUCGUAAACAAACUCUUGCUUUUGGGACUUCGGCAUAUGUGACCCAAGAUGAUACACUAAUGACAACACUAACUGUAAAAGAAGCCAUAUACUACUCAGCUCAGCUGCAACUACCAGAUUCAAUGACUAAAUCUGAGAAAUUAGCUCGAGCUAAUGACGCGAUUAAAGACAUGGGUUUACAAGGUUGUGUCAACACAAGAAUAGGGGGUUGGAGAGUAAAAGGUCUUAGUGGAGGACAAAAAAGAAGGGUCAGUAUUUGCAUAGAAAUCUUGACAAGGCCAAGGCUUCUGUUCUUAGAUGAGCCUACUAGUGGCCUUGAUAGCGCGGCUUCUUACCAUGUUAUGAGCCGAAUCAUUAAGCUUGCAAAACAAGAUCACAGGACGAUUGUUGCUUCAAUUCAUCAGCCUAGCAGUGAAGUCUUUGAGCUCUUCCACAAUCUCUGUCUCCUCUCUUCAGGAAAACUCGUGUACUUUGGUCCGGCUUCAACUGCUAUUGAGUUCUUCUCUUUGAGUGGCUUCCCUUGCCCAACCAUGAGGAACCCUUCGGAUCACUUCCUAAGAACCAUCAACAAGGACUUUGAAACUGAUAUUGAACAAGGAUUGGAUGGAAUGAAGAGCACUGAAGAAGCAAUAAACACUCUUGUAAAUUCAUACAAAUCAUCACAAACCUACAUAGAAGUUCAACAUCACAUAUCAACGAUAUGUCAACUGGGCGGAAGUUCGACAGAAUCUAAAAGGAAAAAUGCUGGGUUCAUAACUCAGUCGUUUGUUCUUACAAGAAGAUCUUUCGUGAACAUGUACCGUGACUUGGGAUAUUAUUGGCUUCGCCUUGCAGUCUACAUUGCACUUUGUUUGUGCGUGGGAACUAUAUUCUAUGAUAUUGGCCACUCUUAUGGUUCCAUUCAGGCUAGAGGAUCAAUGCUCAUGUUUGUUGCAGCUUUCUUAACUUUUAUGGCAAUUGGAGGGUUUCCAUCAUUUGUCGAAGACAUGAAGAUCUUUGAACGAGAAAGGCUCAACGGACACUACAGUGUUGGUGCCUACACAAUCGGGAACACACUAUCUUCAAUUCCUUACUUGCUCAUCAUCUCUCUAAUACCAGGAGCAAUAGCCUAUUAUCUUGUACACCUUCAAACAGAAUUCAGUCACUUUGUGUACUUUGCACUGGUGCUAUUUGUAUGCAUGAUGCUCGUCGAGAGCCUAAUGAUGAUUGUAGCAAGCCUAGUCCCAGACUUUCUCAUGGGUAUCAUAACUGGUGCUGGAAUUCAAGGUGUAAUGAUGUUAAAUGGCGGAUUUUUUCGAUUGCCCAACGAUCUUCCUAAGCCAUUUUGGAGGUACCCAAUGUACUACAUUGCUUUCCAUAAGUACGCAAAUCAAGGGUUUUACAAGAAUGAGUUUGAAGGCUUGAGAUUUCCUAAUGAUCUAGUGGGAGGAGGUGCAACUAUUAGUGGGGAGGAAGUGUUGAAGAGCUUUUGGCAAGUUGAAAUGGGAUACUCUAAAUGGGUAGACCUUGCAAUUUUGAUUGGUAUGGUUGUAGUUUAUAGGCUCAUGUUCUUGGGAAUUAUCAAGCUUGCUGAAAAGAUUAAGCCAAUGAUUAGAUCUCUUAAGUCAGAUACUGUGCAUCAUUCUAAUUAAGUUUAGAAGUUGUUACUUGACACCUUUACUCGAGGCUUUGUGGUGGACGACGUACUCAUAUUACAAAGUGUAAAUGAUAAUACAAAGUUACCUCUUAUUCUUUCUAUAAGCUACAAAAACAUUAUAUUGAAUUUUGCUCUUCGGUAAGCCUAGAAUGCACCAUCUAUCAAUUGUUAUUAUCAUUCGAGAUUGAUUUAUUGUUUCUUUUAGCCAAAUUUGGCUAGUAAUGGUCUAAUGGAUAAUUGAUUGCAUUAGCUAAUUA